AUGACAAAUACUGCGGAAGGAACGGUGACCCCGUGGGUGGUGGAAGGGGAAGUAAACUACAACAAACUAAUCAAAGAAUUUGGCUCCCAAAUGAUCGACCAGGAGCUUAUUAAUCGCAUUGAACGGCUCACGGGCAAGGAGGCCCAUCAUUUUUUACGCCGCGGUAUUUUCUUUUCCCACCGCGACCUCCACUUACUAUUAGAUGUGUAUGAAAAAGGAAUGCCUUUUUAUAUGUACACCGGACGUGGCCCCAGCAGUGAGUCGAUGCACAUGGGCCAUUUAAUCCCCUUCAUCUUCACGAAGUGGCUGCAGGAAACCUUCAAGGUCCCGCUCGUCAUCCAGCUCACCGAUGACGAGAAGUUUUUUUUCAAAGACCUCACCAUCGACCAAGUAGAGGAGAUGACUCGUGAAAACAUCAAAGACAUCAUCGCCUUUGGGUUCGAUCCAAAGUUGACUUUCAUCUUCACCGAUUUCAACUACAUUGGGAAUAUGUAUCGCGUCAUCGCGCGGAUUGAAAAGGCCUACACGGCCAGUCAGGUACGUGGGACCUUUGGGUUUAAAUCGGAGGACAACUGCGGGAAAUGGAUGUUCCCGGCGAUUCAAGCCGCGCCAUCGUUCUCGGUUGCCUUCCCACAAAUAUUUCCCCCCGAAAAGGGAAAUGUCUUCUGCCUUAUUCCGCACGCCAUUGAUCAAGAUCCCUAUUUUCGUCUAACCCGGGAUGUCGCCCCACGGCUUGGGUAUUUAAAACCGUCGUUAAUCCACUCGAAGUUCUUCCCAAGUGUGAGUGGGUUGAAAGGCAAAAUGAGCUCCUCCGUCGGGGCCGCGGUGUUUCUGACCGAUACACAGAAAUCGAUUAAAGAUAAAAUAAACAAACACGCCUUCAGCGGCGGGGGGGCGACAAAAAAAGAGCACUUUCAGCUCGGCGCGAACACCACGGUAGAUAUUCCAAUCCAGUGGUUGUGUUUUUUCCUCGAGGAUGAUGAAAAGCUGGAGAAAAUCGAACACGACUACGCCCUCGGCUGGAUCAUGACGGGCGAGGUAAAGAAAGUCCUGAUCGAGACCAUCACCAAAGUCGUAAAGGAUCAUCAAGAAAAUCUAAAACAUGUCACCGAGGAGGAUCUUAAACUUUUCACCAGCAUUCGUCCUCUGGGAAAGACCGAAUAA